UGAAUGGUCCUCAUGUGCACGCCAGACCGAUGGAAUUAUCGACGAUAAGGACGGAUUUGAUGUGGCAUCAGGACACACUCCGUGUGCUCCUAUAGGCAGAAGGAUGCCAUCUUGAAAUAUUAUGCCGAGAAGUGGGAUCCUUCAGGGGUCGGUUCAUGGCCUCUUCGAAGACUCGUCAAGGUAUGGUAAUCCUGAAGGAAGGGGCGGCAGCCCCUGCAGCAGCUCCAACGGCUGAUCAUUCACCUGCAUGUCUGGUGGCUGUAAGACCAGGAAAGGUGCAAAACAGUGGGACUGUCCAGGGCAUCUGUGUGUCCACUGGUGAAGCAAAUAUUAGUGGGAAACACAAGAUGCACCCAGCCAAGGAGGCCAUCAUGAAGAUGGGUGAACUCAGGCAUCCCACCUGUAUAAACUCUCCUGAUGUCCUGUCACCUGACUGCGUCUGUAAAGAUGUCAAAGUGACACUAGACAACAACGGCAUGUGGAAUGAGUUCUAUAAAUGUAGAACAGAAAUGAUUCUGACCAAGCAAGGGAGCAGAAUGUUCCCUUACUGCCGCUUCCGCGUCACUGGCUUGCAGUCGUCAAGGAAGUACUCUCUGGUCAUGGACGUUGAGCCUUUAGACAACAGUCAGUAUAGGUGGACGGGUGAGAGCUGGCAAGUUUGCCGAAAAGCAGAGCGUCACGUGAGGAGUAAGCCUUUCGUUCAUCCAGACUCCCCAGCAACAGGUCAGCACUGGAUGCAGAGUCCAGUGUCCUUUUACAGACUGAAACUCACAAACAACACCUCAGACCAGGAGGGGAACAUUAUCCUGCAUCCGAUGCACCGCUAUUUACCGCAACUGCAUGUGGUCCAGGCAGACAAAGCCAUAGAAGACUUUAGACUGAACGGUCCCAAUGUUCUCACUUUCACUUUCCCCCAGACUGAGUUUAUAACGGUCACCACAUACCAAAACCCCCAGUUUACCCAGCUGAAGGUGAACUACAACCCGUUCGUUAAAAAACUGAAGGAGGACCGGGUCAAUACAUGUGGCUUAAGACUCAAAGGAAACGCGGACAAAGAUUCGAAUAGUUACGAAGGUAAGACGAACACUGAGCAGCAUCCCGUGAAGAAGAGCUUAAAGAUUUUGCUGGCAAACCACAAACCCAAAAAUUCAAAAGCAUUGGACGUGAAACUAUCACCGCCAAAAGAGCCUCAGGAAAAAUCCACAACGAGCAACACGCAGCCAACCGCCACCACUCCAGUGGAAAGUCCCAGCAGCAGUUCACGUCCAGUUCCGAAGUUAAUUUCCGAGCUAAUUUGCGAGGCUCAUGUCUCACUGCAGAGAUGUCACAAAGAGCAACGUGGCAGCAACCACAGCAACUCCUCUGGAGCGGCACAAGGCAACACUACGUCCACAACUUUGACAAACAGACUGACUAAACAGAAUAUUGCUCACAAGAACAAUGGAUCUCUCACUACAUUCCCUAGGAAAAGUUCCACUGUUGAAACAACCAGACAUAUCAAAGACAACGAACAUCUGUCUAACUCUAACUCUAUUGCUGAUGCCAGAACAGUCUGCUCCUCUGCUGCUCCUAUAGAAGAGGAGGUUUCCUCGAACAAAUCACACCAACAAUGUAACGUAGGUGCCGAGUCGGAUGUGAAGCAACAGAAACGACCAGCUCGACUGCCCCUACCAGCACUUGCACUUUUUUUAAAGCAACAUUCAACAAAAUCUAAGAAGGCAAAGAACACACCAGAGUCUGCUCCUCAAGCACCUCUGCCUGAGUCCAGUGGUUCUCUGAGUCCUGCUGCAGCGCCUCAACAGGAAACCAGCAUCAAGCCCAUCAUGGAGGACUGUGGAGCAAACGAUCUUCUGCCAGAUGAAAAGCUUUUAAAUGUUGCUGAACAAACAGCUGAAAGGAAUCCCUCCAGCCCAUCCGGUCCAGACCUUUUCACUGCUUCAGAUGCAGCAGUUUCAGAUCCAAAAGCUAAAGAUCCCUUCAUCACAAUUUCUGAAUGUUUAAGCUCAGAGUCGACAGCCCCUGACCAUAAAGCAUUGAUAUCCAACUCUGAGAAUACAUUCGACUCACUUGAGAUGUCUGCACUCACCCUUUCCACAUCGUCUACCUCUGGAUCACCUGAUUUGUCCUUGCAUUUCAGUACGGCGGUGUCUCUCCCAGACUCCCCCAAAGCAGCAGCAGCAGAGUCCUCCUCACUACCUUCAGGCUCCCGCUCCUUGAAGAUCGACUCUCUGCUUCCGGACCCUCAGUGUUCCUCGUUCGACUUUGACCCUUUGUCGCCAGCGAGCUCCCCAGAACCUUUACCUCCUCUCCCAGCCUCAUUAGCUUUAGAACUUGACUCUGCAACAUCUGCUGCAGCGAGUACUCCGGACCCCCAACACUGCAGAAACUCAUCAGUCUUUAAAUGGCAUACAGUGUUACCUCUGUCUGGGACAUAUGCAAGCUCGUCUUUCACAACAUUACAGCCCCAGCAGCAGUCGACUCCUGUAAUGUCGGUCACUUCGCCUUUGUUGUCCUGCUUUCCUGAGCCACAGAGUGUUAUAUCUUCGACGCAGACCACUCCAAAAGACUCCAUUCCAUCAUUUCAAGACAGUGAACAGUCUCUGCCUUUCCCUGCAGAGCUGUCCCCCCUCGCCCUCCAGCUCCCGCUGUCUCCAACCUUCUCUUCUUUGGAUGAAGACGGCUUGUCGCCCACAACUUCCCUCUCAGAGCUUGUGCACUUUUUCUCCACCGACGACAUCGGGGUGGAGUUUUCCAACACGGACACGGCGGCCAUGACCAGCCAGCCUUUGCCAGUUUUGGAACCAGCGCGGCCCUCUGUGCCGGUCCUGCCAGUCUCAAGCAGCAAGCCCUGCAAGAGAAAGAAGUCAACGAAGCUGGCCAGGUUGGAGGUGGGUCAGGCUGGGAAUGAGUACAGGAGUAAGCAGCCCAAAAUUGAAGAGGUUGAGGAGCAGCUUUUUGUCUCUUUCACCUCAAAGGAGGCCCUAAAACUCCACACUGCUGAGUCAUCUGAAGAGCUGCUCCCUGACCCUCAGCUGACCCCUGACCCCAAACCUGAUGAAGAGGCGGACGACGACAGCAGCAGCAGCAGGGCAGAGGGUCUGGAGGAGACAAUCGCGGUUCAUGAGGCGACUCUUCUUCAAGACUUGAAGCUUAUGAAACACAGGCAGGUCAUCCACCCUGUGCUGCAGGAAGUUGGUCUUAAGAUGACCCUCCUGGAUCCGGCGCUGUCCAUUGACCUGCAGUACCUGGGAGUCUCUCUUCCCAUCCCCCUUCCUGGAGUCGUUAUGGAGCCACUGACCCAGACGACCCCAUCCUCUCAGGGGGUUUUUGCUUCAUUUCAGUCCAGAACUGGAAAAACGACAGAUUUGACCCAGAUUAAAGGCUGGAAGGAGAAGUUUACCCCAUCAGAGGCCGAAUCAACCUCUGCUCCCAGACCUGAAGCUGGUCCCAGUGCCGACCUGCCAAAGAAGAACCUGUCUGCGUUCUGCAGCGACAUGCUGGACGAGUAUCUGGAGUCGGAGGGGAAGCUGAUCGACGAGCGCGCCUCCAGUUUCUCCCAGCCGCCAGCAGAAGCGCCGUCCUAUCGGCUCCCUGUGAGCAGCACCAGCUACGUCCGGACUCUGAACCACAUCCUGAAGAAGCCCUCAGCCGGCUCGCCCGCCUCAGACAUCAUAUCCGGAUUCAUCCCGCCGUCGAAGAGAUCACGACUCAAAGAGAGCGCAGCCGGCCGGAGGGCGGAGAGGAAACCCAGAGGUCCCAAACCGAACAGAAUCAAAGCUGCUGGUGCUGCUUCGGUCUUUCCAGCAGCAGUGGAGUUGCCGUACUCCAUGCCUGGUUCUCUGACCACAGAACCUCUGAACGGGCCUGCUUUUACAAAGAGGAGGAGGCUGAAACCCAGAGCGUCCUCUCAGACCCUCAGUGUGUCCACGCUGCUCAACGUGUCUGAGGAGAUGGCUCCGCUGGAGUCCGACUCUGAGCUCAAACCAGACUCAGUGAGGAAGCAGCCGUCCAGUCAGUCUGUGGAUGGCCAGAAAAAGGAGAGCAGAGUCACGGUGACCCGGGCCUACGCCAGGCUCAAGGAGCUGGAGGACAGCGUGGUUCUGGAGGGCCGCUUCCAAACCAACAUCACCGCAGAGAGGGCCACCGUCGCCCUGAUGUCCCUCUUCACUCAAACUGGUUUUGUGAGAGAGAAUCCGACGGCUCCGAUCAAGCUAAGGCAGAGACAAGCUCUGAACUGUCUGAACGAGUUCUGCAGGCUGGGGUGCGUCUGCUCCAGUUUGUCUCACUGUUCCAGGAUCAGCCACUGCGGCCGGCCGCUCUGCAUGUUCGGCUGCGGCUGCCUUAAGCAGAAGGUGGUUCUGCUCAAGAACCUGGACAGCUCCGACGCCAGCCCCUCCUCCCUGCAAUGCAAACCCAAGAAGAAGAGGAGAAGGAUGAUGAAGAUGGCCUAUGUCCUGAAAGAGGCGGAGACCGUGGCCCACCCUGCGGAGCGGGUCCGGACCCUGUGGAGGAAGAACGCUGACGCCUCUGAUCCAGAGCCAGUCCAUGCGCCGGAUGUGGCUCCCUUUCUUCAGCCACCUUCUAUUCAGGUGAGAAGGAAAUAUCGCAGCAGCUGUGCCAGAGUUCGAAGUUUCAUCAGGAAGACGCAGAAACAGAAGGAGGAAGAAUCCAAAAAGCUGAUGUCAUUCAGGCAAAAAGAUGCAGAACUGAAAGUCCAUAAACAUGGAGAACAAACCUCUACUCAGACUAAUGUUUCCACACCCAGACCUCCUUCUGCAGAUACAGGCGAAUCACCCAGCGCUAGCCCUCCGAGUUCUUCAGAAGCACUCCAUUCUAAACCAUCGAAACGCCUCAUGAUCCUGGCCGACUGCAAGUGGGUGAGCGACAGCGACCGCAGCCACGUGUUGAAGAAGCUGUGUGAGGCGAUGGCUCAGGAUCAACUGGACAGACCUUUCUGGAUCAAAAACUACCUCAUCACUCCAAUCGACGAGACAGUGGAUGAAACUAGCGGAAACAGGUGCAUCGAGUAUAAGGUCCAGAUCUCCACACCAAUUCUGGACAGGAAAAAGGCACCAGCCAAAAAAACAGUGACUCAUGGAAGGAAACGAGGCAUCAAACCAGCAGCUCAACACAGACAGGACAACCGCUCUGAUUUGAUUUCAAAAAAGGAGGAGCCUCCUAAAAGCUCAAAGAAUGUGAUGAAUCAGUCUUCCACAGACUCUGUGUCCAUGGAGUCUGUAGAAGACUGGCAGAAGGAAGUGAUGGAGGAGGAGCCCAUAGGGGAAUGGCAGAAGGAAGUGAUUAAGAAGGAGGAGGAGGAAGAGCUCAUGGAGGACUGCCAGAUGGAGGUGAUGGUGAAGGACAAGCCCACAGUAGACUGGCAAAAGAAGUUAAAAGUGGAAAUGGAUCCUUUGGAGCAAUGCCACAAAGUGGUGAUGGAGAAGAAGGAGCUUAUGAAGAACUGGCAGAAGAAGUUAAAGGUGGACAUGGAGGCUAUGGAAGACUUUCAGAAGCAGGUGACACCUACAAAGAACCCUGUAAAUGAGGUGGAGUCCAUAAAGAGGUUCCAAAAAGAGGUGGAGUCUACGAAGGAUUUCCAAAAGAAGGCGGAGUCUGUAAAGGACUUCCAAAAGGAGGUGGAGCCAAUAAAGGACUUCGAAAAGGAGGUAGAGUCUAUAAAAGACUUUCAAAAGGAGGUGGAGUCCAUAAAGAACUUCCAAAAGAAGGGGGAGUCUAUAAAGAACUUCCAAAAGGAGGUGGAGUCUAUAAAGAACUUCCAAAAGGAGGUGGAGUCUAUAGAUGACUGCCAGAAAGAAGAAAGGGAAGAUUAUAUGGAGAAGCAUGGAGAAGGCUUCAGACAUUAUAAGGCUAGACAUGAGCUGAAAAGAAGCACAGAAGAGUUAAAUUCAGUUAAGAAGAGGAGGACUGAAAUGUCUCUGCCUUUCCCUUUACUGGUGGGAGUAUCACCUUCUGGCUUUCUCUCAGCCAAUAAGAAAAAGCCAGGAGGAUCAGCAGAUGUGAUACAGGUCAAUGGGAAGCAAUACCCUUUAGCAAAGAUCAAGUUGGGCAGGAUGGGGGCGCUUCAUCCAGCCAAUCGUCUGGCAGCUUAUCUAACAGGCAGAGUGGGGUCUACAAAGCAGCAACAGUCUUCUUCAUCGUCCGAGCCGUCUUGCAGUCUUCAGAGUUUGCCCCACGUCACCUCUUCAGCUUAUUGUGUCCCACCUGCUUCUGCAGCCUCCACUGUUGCUCCUGCAGCCACCACUGUUGCUCCUGCAGCCUCCACUGUUGCUCCUGCAGCCUCCGCUGUUGCUCCUGCAGCCUCCACUGUUGCUCCUGCAGCCUCCGCUGUUGCUCCUGCAGCCUCCACUGUUGCUCCUGCAGCCUCCACUGUUGCUCCUGCAGCCUCCGCUGUUGCCCCAGCCUCCAUUGUUGACCCAGCCGUGGUCCAGUCACAGCCUCCAGCCACUCCUCUCACUCGUCCCAUCCCUCUUCCCACCCCUUCUACAGACUCUGAGCCACAGAACUUGGUUGUUGGACCUCCAAACCCACCUCAGAACUCGGCCCCACCUCAGAACUCGGCCCCACCUCAGCCGCUGCUGAUUCAGGUUCCAAAUCCUCCUAAUGUGGCUGCUCCUUUGCUCCCGCCCCGGAUCACUCAGCUCCCAGGCCAAAGGAUGAUCCUGAAGCCAGUCCGGUCACCAGCGGGUGUCCAGUAUUACCGAAAACCCGACGGAGUCUUGGUCCAGCUGAUUCCCACCAGCCAGCUGAGGCCCGGUAAUCCAUCAGCAACCGUUCAUGGAGGAAACUCUGAGGGACGAAACUUGGUUGUUGGACCUCCAAACCCACCUCAGAACCCGACGACACCGACGGACCCCCAGCCGCUGCUGAUUCAGCUUCCAAAUCCUCCUAAAGUGGUUAAUUUGCUCCAACCCCGGAUCACUCAGUUCCCAGGCCAAAGGAUGGUCCUGAAGCCAGUCCGGUCGUCAGCGGGUGUCCAGUAUUACCGGAAACCCGACGGAGCCUUGGUCCAGCUGAUUACCCCCAACCUGCCGAGGCCUGGCAAUCCAUCAGCAACAGGUCAUGGAGGAGGCCGUUCUACUUCCUGCGCCCCGCUGCCUCCAGUAGCCGCGGUGAAGAGGCCAGCUCUGACCAACCUGUCCUCUUCUUCCUCUGUGGUUUUACCUUCACCGUCCCCAGGAGCUUCGUCUUCCUCCUCCAACCCCCCCCUGCCGCCCUCCGUCCUUCUGUCCUCACAGAACACCUGCACGUUUAGAAUCGUCCCCACCCACCCGGUCAAGGACCCCAUCUUUAUCCAACUCCCUUUCCUGCCCUCCACCCAAAUGGUGGGACCAGAACGCGGCCUCAUACGGCUCCAGGGCCCCAGCCAACCUGUGAACUACACCCCCCCGAAUCCUGUAGUGUGUGAAAAAAAUGACACUCCAGUCGAUCGCCACGACGAUUCACCGCAGACCCUGCUGAUGGUCCAGACGGCCGCUCAGAGGGGGCCUUCACCUCCGCCGCAGGCCCCCCCGCCUGGGCCCACCCCUGACUGUCACAGCCCUAAAGAGGAGUUUGCCUUUGACGCCAUGGACCUGAACGUCGUGUUUGUGGACGAAGUGGUGGACUUGGUGUCCAGCAGCGAGACGGACGACUCGUCCGACUUCAGGGAGUCUGAGAGCGAGGACGAGAAGAAUCAGAAUGCAAAUCACUCUAAAGGAGACGUGGAGAAGAAGAAAAACCGGCCGAGGAGUCGUGAUGGAAACCAGUCAGUUCUGCCUCCAUCAGCAGCGGGUCAGGCUGCAGCUGGCAGGACGGAGGUCCAGGGUCUGAUCUACAUCUCAUCUGAGGAGGAAAGCCCCAAGAGGAAAACCGUCACUAAUGGCGCUGCUGCUGGUGCUGCUGGUGAGCUGACAGGUGAUGGCCAGCUGGCAACCGGUCAGCAGGAGGCUUGGAGCGGUAGUUUGGAAAACCUGGAGGGGAACAGUGGAGGUGGAGCAGCUCAGCAGCAGACAAACUUGGAAAUUGAAGGUAACUCCGGAAAUUGUCAAAGGACCCAGAUUAACGUUCAGCACCACGAAUCCAAUGAAAGUUGCAGAAAGCAUCGAGCCCAGAUGAAGCAGAUGUUCCUCCAGUUAAAGAGGGAAGUGGUACCAGCCGAUGACGGCAUGUCCAGAACCUCCCUGCUGGAAAAGGCUGUGCAGCUGAUCCAGGAGCUGAGGUGCUGUGAGGAAGACCUGAAGAGGAAGAAGAGGAGCCUGGAGCAGAGACGGGAUGAGUUCCUGUCCAUUCUGGUUCCGUCAGCAGGUGAUGGCCAGAUGGGAACUGGUCAGCAGGAGGAGCUGGAGGCUUGGAGCGGUAGUUUGGAAAACCUGGAGGAGAACAGUGGGUGUGGAGCGGCUCAGCAGCAGAUAGAGAUGACCAUUAAUUCAGAUUCGGAACCUGAAGUGGACUCUCCAAUCUCUCCAAGAACCGAGCAGCUUGGUCAGGCUCCUCAGGAGGUCCAGAAGCUUCUGACAGAGGCGGAGAGCCUGUGGUCCAAUCAGAGCUUGAAGAAAGAAGGUAAUCAAGAUGCACACACUGAGGAUGUCGACGGCACACCAGGGACAGAUACGCCGCAGCACCUGCUGACCAAUCAAAAGCAGCCCGAGAUGGAGGGGAGGCAACACACAGCCAAUGACGUCCCAGCGGAGGGCGACCACUGUGUAGCCGUUGCUACGGGAGACGAUGGCCCCCUGCAGGCCACGCCCGCUGCCGUCCAUCUGCAGCCUCUCCGUCAGCCCGUGUCCAUGGGCGCGCCGGCUCCUCCAGACACGAAACGGAUAAAGACCGUUCCAAACAUUCUGUCUCGCAGCAGGAACCAAGAGCUGCCUCAGAAAACGUCAGCUAAGAAGGCACCACCCAAGGACAAAGUGCUGUUUGCCGCUCCUCCAGGAAGUACACCGCACCGAACCCAGGAGCUUCAGCCACUGCUGGCUGCAGCUCCGCCUGCGUUUCUGCUGCUGUCUGCUGAACCCAGCCAGAUGGGAGUCCCCCUCCAGGGGCUGGCUCCGCCUCCUCAGGGUGCAGCUCCGCCCCCUGGUUUUGCUUGCCCUCCCUUAGACGUCGGACAGUCUGAUCCUGCUGGACAGACGGCCCGACAGGACUCGGACAACGAGAGCCUGUCUUCCCUUCUUAACGAAAUAGUUUUUCUUAACCAGCAGACUGUUGCCACGGCUACAACAGCGGUGAUUGAUCCGCCGGUGGCGAGCGGAUCCGAGGAACAGAAGCGUGCCUCCGAGCACCCAGGGCCAAUUUUAGGGAGCUCUAAUGAAGGUGUGCUGGCCCCGCCCCCUCUGCUGCACAUGAAGGUGGGAGGAGCCAAAGAGGCGGGACUAGGCAGUAAUAAUGGAGCAACAGUGGGAGGGGCUGGGGCCGGCGGAGUGGCUUGGAGGCCCAUGCCGAGGCUGGUUCCUCUGGGGCUGAGGGGAAACUCCCCCAGCUGACUUCACGUCACCCGGGCAACGACCAUCAAUGACUAGGAACGUGUUUUCUUUCUGCUCCCGAAACCGAAUCAGAUGGAUUUAUUCAUCACGGCUCUGAUUUUUCUGUUUGAGCUCUCACAACCUCCGAGUUCUGCGAUAAAGCUGCAACUUUUCUGCUUUAGACUUUGUGGACUGAGAUGACGUCAGCCGCCCUGGAGCAGAGCAGAGAGGAGCCGAUCCGCUGAUCUCCACACAUUUUGGUUUUCAUCUUUUGAUAGACAGAGAAAUCCACAGAUGUUGCCACCCAAGAAAGUCUCAACAUUACCAGGCACAGCCUUCGUUAACAGGAUAAAAGGUGUUGAAGGAAAAAGAUGGAUGCCUCAAAUUCAGACAGCAGAAACCUGGACUGGUUCACAGUCAUUGGACUACAGACUCUCAUUUAUAUAUAUAAAUAUAUAAAAAGAAAAACUCAAACCAAGUUAUUACCAACUUCCACUCCAUAGUUAUCAUAUCUGAGAGAAUAUAAGUUAAUUUCCCUUGAAGAAUAUCUUUGUUUUUUUUUUUCUAAAUUUGACUCGGUAAAGUUUGGUGUACAAUAAUAAAAAUUCCACUUUCUACUAAAUAUUGUUUGCUGCUAAAUAUUCUACUUCUACUUUCAGUCAGAGGUUUGUUGACAUGCAGUAUUCACUUCCUUCACACUGACCCACUCUUCAUGUCGAGCCUUCUCCUGAAACAGCCUGAGAUGAUUCCGGAGUGAAAUGCUUCAGGCUGGGUUUGUUUGUUUGGAAGUUCAAAUAAGUGCAAAUUGUUGUUCUUUAAGGGUUCUGCCUUGUGUCGCUUAAGUUUGGAAUUUAUUUUUAUUUGUGUUAAAAACUUUUGAAGUAGAUGAUGUUACUUGUUUAACACUUUAAUAUUAAUAAAGAUUUUUUUUAAAGUAAA